CCCAUUCUGCAAAUGGUGCUGCACCAAUUGAGUAGUCCUCGACUUACGACCGGUUGAGUAGUCCUCAACUUACGACCGGUUGGGGGGGUCGCGGCGUUAAAAAGGUUGAGAACCACUGGCCUAGAGUCACUGAACAUGAGCAGGCGGCCGUAUGAAUAAAUAAAUCCUGUAAAUAAAGAUUUCUAGCCAGGAAAGGAAGUUGCGUGAAAACGGAGGCUGUGUGCGGGAUGCAAAGAUGAAACAAUUAGACCCAUUGAUGGAUCUGAAUUUGGGGAAGGCCUUUGUUCCUGGAGAGUUUCCAGGCUGCCUAGCAUCGAAACAGAUCAAACGAGAUCCUGAAGGAGGGCAGGCCAAGGAUCGGGAAGGCCAGGGGCAGGACUCCCUAAUGGCAAGGCGGCUCCCUCAUUCGGUUGGGGGACAGAGGAAUUCUGACCCCUGGGACGAUGCCAAGACCUUUCUGAUCUCCUUCGAGCAAGUCGCUGAGGCUUGCCAGUGGCCUAAAGCUGAAUGGACAGCCCGGCUCCUGCCGGCACUGAGCAGAGAAGCCAGAGAAGUCUUUAAUGGCCUAGAAAGCGGGGACCAAGAGGAUUAUGGGAAAGUCAAGGCUGCCAUCUUGCGAGAGGCAACUUUCAAAAUGGAGGCCCAGCGCCAGCACUUUCGCCAGUUCCGCUACCAGGAAGUUGAAGACCCACGAAGGGUUUACAGCCACCUCCGGGAGCUUUGCCACCAGUGGCUGAAGCCGGAGAGACGCACCAAGGAGCAGAUCGUGGAGCUGCUGAUCCUGGAGCAGUUCCUGGCCAUCCUUCCCGCAGAGAUCCAGAGCUGGUUCUGGGAGUGUGACCCAGAGAACUGGGUCCAGACUACAGAUCUGGCGAAGGAUUUCCUGAUGAGCCAACCGGAGGCCAAGACAUGGAAACGGCAGGUGCCAGUAUCUCCCAAAGACAGGAUAGGAGAUGCACGCAAUCCUGUAAGGGAAGUGCCGUUUGUGGAGAACGAAGAGCACAUCCUGAGGGAUUGGAGAUCAACACAUCCAGAUAAUGAGAACAGCCCCUGUAACCAUCCAGUAUCUCUGCCUGAGGGACAACACUUUGUUGAAACUGGACCAACUGAGGAAUCGGUGGACUUCGAGCUGUCUGUGCAUUUCACUGAGGAAGAAAGCUCCUCAUUGGACGCAGCCCCCAAAGCUUUUUACAAAGAGAUCCUGCAAGACGGUCGUGAAAAGGGAACAUCUUUGGAUCACCUCACUGCAACCGCGAUCAAGGAAGAAACGCUCCAGCCAGGCAGCCUCGAACUGGAGGGAGCGCACAAAACACAAAGGUCCUGUGGGGAAGGACUGGUGAGGCCCCUUUUCCAGAAAGGGGACACCGAUUUAAACAAUCCAGAGGGGAGAACGCUGCCAAGGAGGUGGCUUUGGGAACAGGGCCAGACCCUUAACCAGCAUCUAACCCACAUAAGUGAGCAAAAACAUUCAUGUCCCGAAUGCGGGGAACGAUUCCGCCAUCAGCCGCCGACGGUCCAGCAUCGGAUGAUCCACACCGACAUUAAACCGAAGGCGCACCGGGACGUCCACACCAAGGACAAAACAUCUUUCAGCUGUCCCGGCGUGGAGAAAAGCUUUACGCGCCAAACGAUCGACACGGGGGAGAGGUCAGCCGCACGUAGCGCAUGCGGGAGACGCUCCCGCGAGUGGAUUCAGCCCAACCAGUAUCCCAUAAUGCAAGGCGGAGAGGCGGCUUACGAGUGUCCGUUGUGCCAGAAGGAAUUCCGGAGAAAAAGGAACUUGAUUGCGCACCAGAAGACCCACACCGGGGAAAGGCCGCACAGCUGCUCGCAGUGUGGCAAAAGCUUCAGCGAGAAAGCCAAGCUGAUUCGACACGGAAGGGUCCACACCGGAGAGAAACCGUAUGCGUGUCCCACUUGCCCGAAAAGUUUCAGUCAACGAGAGACGUUGCUGAGGCACCGGAGAAUCCACACGGGAGAGAAGCCGUAUCGGGGUUUCGUAGGCGGGGAAGAUUUUGGGCAGAGAGACACGCUGUUGCGGCAUCACAGGAAGAAACUUCAGUAAUGCUCGGUGAAGCUGGAAGCAAAUGCGGCUGGCUCUUUGGCUUAACGACCACAAUUGACCCCCCCCCCCAGAUUUCUGUCGCUAAACAAGACUGUUGCUCAGUGAGUUUUGCCCCGUUUUACGAUUUUCUUGCCACGCUUGUCAAGAGCUUGCUGUUUCGCUGCAAGAUGGGUGGCAAAUAAGUUAAAUAAAUAAAAAAAUAAAUGAAUGAAUGAA